AUGGCUCCCUCCCUGGGGCUCUGCCGGGGCCGCGCGGGCCGGGAGGACGAGCACAGCUGGGAGGCGCGGGGGGACCGCAAGGUGCAGGCUGCGGGGCCGCGGGCGGAGCGCGAGCAGCUGCGGGCCGAGGCCAGCGAGCGCUUCGCCGCCGGCUACAUCCAGUGCAUGCACCAGGUGCACACUUUCGUGUCCACGUGCCAGGCCAUCGACGCCACCGUCGCCGCCGAGCUCCUCAACCACCUGCUGGAGUCCAUGCCGCUGCGCGAGGGUGGCAGCUUCCGGGAUCUGCUGGGCGAUGCCUUGGCCGGGCCACCGGGAGGCCCCGGGCCGAGCGGCCGGCCAGCGGGAGGGGUCGCGGGGUCCCCGCUGCCCAGUCCCCCAGGCCCCGGGGAUGACGUAGGCUCCGACCUGGAGGAGGCUGCCGAGGCUGAACUGAGCCGAGCGCCUUCCGAGGGGUCGAACUUGAUGUCCGCGGCCCUGGGCGGCCUGACCUCUGCCCACAUAACCCACAGCGUCUGGAGGCCUUGGUGA